UUAGACAUCAUGGCAAACUGGGUAGAAGCAGGACCUCUCCUCAUUCUUACUGUUUUAUUAGGGCAAUUGGUCUCAAUAAAAGCCCAGGACGAAGGCGAGGACGAAGGAUAUGGUGAAGAAAUAGCUUGUACCCAAAAUGGAAAUAUGUACUUAAACAGAGAUAUUUGGAAACCUGCGCCUUGCCAGAUCUGUGUCUGUGACAAUGGAGCCAUUCUUUGUGACAAAAUAGAGUGUAUGGAAGCGCUGGGGUGUGCAGAUCCCGUAGUACCUCCUGGAGAAUGUUGUGCUGUUUGUCCACAUUCAAAUGGAGGUGGUGGUACCAAUUUUGGUAGAGGAAGAAAGGGACAAAAAGGGGAGCCAGGAUUAGUGCCCGUCGUGACAGGCAUUCGUGGUCGUCAGGGGCCCUCUGGACCUCCAGGUUCACAAGGACCAAGAGGCGAAAGAGGCCCCAAAGGAAGACCUGGUCCUCGUGGUCCUCAGGGAAUUGAUGGAGAACCAGGUGUUCCUGGUCAACCUGGUGCCCCAGGGCCUCCUGGACAUCCAUCACAUACAGGACCUGAUGGGAUGAGCAGGCCAUUUUCAGCUCAGAUGGCUGGUCUGGAUGAAAAAUCUGGGCUUGGGAGUCAAGUCGGACUGAUGCCUGGGUCUGUGGGUCCUAUUGGUCCAAGAGGACCUCAAGGUUUACAAGGACAGCAAGGUGGCACUGGACCUACAGGACCUCCUGGGGAGCCUGGUGAACCUGGACCCAUGGGCCCAACUGGUGCACGAGGGCCAGAGGGACCCCCUGGAAAGCCUGGUGAAGAUGGUGAGCCUGGUAGAAAUGGAAAUCCUGGUGAUGUGGGGUUUGCAGGAUCCCCGGGAGCUCGAGGGUUUCCUGGAGCUCCUGGUCUUCAAGGCCUGAAAGGUCACCGAGGAACUAAAGGUCUUGGAGGGCCAAAAGGUGAAAUUGGAGCAACCGGUUCCAAGGGUGAAGCUGGCCCUACUGGUCCAAUGGGUGCCAUGGGCCCAAUGGGUCCAAGGGGAAUGCCAGGAGAAAGAGGAAGACUUGGGCCACAGGGUGCUCCUGGUCAACGAGGUGCACAUGGUAUGCCUGGAAAACCUGGGCCAAUGGGGCCUCUUGGAAUACCUGGCUCCCCUGGCUUUCCAGGAAAUCCUGGAAUGAAGGGAGAAGCAGGACCUACUGGGGCACGAGGCCCCGAAGGUCCCCAAGGUCAAAGGGGGGAAACUGGACCACCAGGUCCAGUUGGCUCUUCAGGUCUUCCUGGUACAGUGGGAACUGAUGGAACACCUGGUGCUAAAGGCCCCACAGGAUCUCCAGGGACUUCAGGUCCUCCAGGCUUGUCGGGACCUCCAGGAUCUCAAGGACCUCAGGGUAGUACUGGACCUCCAGGAAUUAGAGGUCAACCGGGUGACCCAGGAGUUCCAGGUUUCAAAGGAGAAGCUGGCCCAAAAGGGGAACCAGGGCCACAUGGAACUCAGGGGCCAAUAGGCCCACCUGGUGAAGAAGGCAAAAGAGGUCCUCGAGGUGACCCAGGAACAGUUGGUCCUCCAGGUCCAUUGGGAGAACGGGGUUCCCCUGGAAAUCGUGGUUUUCCAGGCUCUGAUGGUUUACCUGGACCAAAGGGGGCUCAAGGAGAGAGGGGUCCUGUAGGUUCUUCAGGGCCUAAAGGAGGUCAGGGUGAUCCAGGACGACCAGGUGAACCUGGACUUCCAGGUGCUCGGGGUCUGACAGGAAAUCCUGGUAUUCAAGGUCCAGAAGGAAAACUUGGACCUUUGGGUGCUCCAGGAGAGGAUGGACGACCGGGUCCUCCAGGCUCCAUCGGAAUCAGAGGGCAACCUGGUAGUAUGGGUCUUCCAGGCCCCAAAGGUAGCAGUGGUGACCUUGGAAAACCUGGAGAAGCAGGAAAUGCUGGUGUUCCUGGGCAAAGGGGAGCUCCUGGAAAAGAUGGUGAAGUUGGUCCCUCUGGUCCUGUGGGACCCCCGGGUCUUGCUGGGGAAAGAGGAGAACAAGGACCACCAGGACCUACUGGUUUUCAGGGGCUUCCUGGCCCUCCAGGGCCUCCUGGGGAAGGAGGAAAACCAGGUGAUCAAGGGGUUCCUGGAGAUCCUGGCGCAGUUGGCGCAUUAGGACCUAGAGGAGAACGAGGCAAUCCAGGAGAAAGAGGAGAUCCAGGAAUAACUGGACUCCCUGGUGAGAAGGGAAUGGCUGGCGGACAUGGUCCUGAUGGUCCAAAAGGUAAUCCAGGACCAACUGGGACCCCUGGAGAUACUGGCCCACCAGGUCUUCAAGGUAUGCCAGGAGAAAGAGGAAUUGCAGGAACUCCUGGUCCAAAAGGUGAUAGAGGAGGUCUAGGAGAUAAAGGUUCUGAAGGCUCAGCUGGAAAUGAUGGAGCCAGGGGUCUUCCAGGUCCCCUGGGUCCUCCAGGUCCUGCAGGUCCCACUGGAGAAAAGGGUGAACCUGGUCCCCGAGGUUUAGUUGGGCCUCCUGGAUCUCGUGGAAAUCCUGGUUCUCGUGGUGAAAAUGGCCCAACUGGAGCUGUUGGUUUUGCUGGACCUCAGGGUCCUGAUGGGCAGCCAGGAGUGAAAGGUGAACCGGGAGAGCCAGGACAGAAGGGAGAUGCCGGAUCACCAGGACCACAGGGUCUAGCAGGCUCCCCAGGCCCUCAUGGUCCUAAUGGUGUUCCUGGAUUAAAAGGUGGUCGAGGAACUCAGGGUCCACCUGGGGCUACAGGAUUUCCAGGAUCUGCUGGCAGAGUCGGGCCUCCAGGACCUACUGGAGCUUUAGGACCAGCAGGCCCCUUAGGGGAACCAGGGAAGGAGGGUCCUCCAGGUAUUCAUGGAGACCCUGGUUCUCAUGGCCGAGUAGGAGAUAGAGGACCUGCUGGUCCUCCUGGUGGCCCAGGAGACAAAGGAGACCCAGGAGAAGAUGGACAACCUGGUCCAGAUGGCCCUCCUGGCCCAGCUGGAACCACUGGGCAAAGAGGAAUCGUGGGUAUGCCUGGGCAGCGUGGAGAGCGAGGAAUGCCAGGUCUGCCAGGCCCAGCAGGUUCACCAGGAAAAGUAGGACCCACUGGAGCAACAGGUGAUAAAGGUCCACCUGGACCUGUGGGACUCCCAGGCUCCAAUGGUCCUGUAGGAGAACCUGGCCCUGAAGGCCCAGCUGGAAAUGAUGGUACCCCAGGACGAGACGGUGCUGUUGGAGAACGUGGUGAUCGUGGAGACCCUGGGCCUGCUGGUCUUCCAGGCUCUCAGGGGGCCCCUGGAACCCCUGGGCCUGUUGGUGCUCCAGGAGAUGCAGGACAACGGGGAGAUCCAGGUUCUCGCGGUCCUAUGGGACCACCUGGUCGAGCUGGGAAACGUGGCUUGCCGGGACCCCAAGGACCUCGUGGUGACAAAGGUGAUCAUGGAGAUAGAGGCGACCGAGGCCAGAAGGGUCACAGAGGAUUUACUGGGCUUCAGGGUCUUCCUGGACCCCCUGGUCCAAAUGGUGAACAAGGCAGUGCUGGAAUUCCUGGACCAUUUGGGCCAAGGGGUCCUCCAGGACCAGUUGGUCCUUCUGGGAAAGAAGGAAACCCUGGUCCAGUUGGACCUACUGGACCUCCUGGGGUGCGGGGCAGUGUUGGCGAAGCAGGACCUGAGGGUCCACCUGGGGAACCUGGUUUACCUGGCCCUCCAGGACCACCUGGUCACCUUACAGCUGCUCUCGGGGACAUCAUAGGGCACUAUGAUGACAGCAUGUCAGAUCCACUUCCAGAAUUUACUGAGGAUCAGGCAUUUCCUGAUGAUAAAAACAAAACUGACCCAGGGGUUCAUGCUACCCUGAAGUCACUCAGUAGUCAGAUUGAAACCAUGCGCAGUCCUGAUGGCUCCAAAAAGAACCCAGCCCGGACAUGUGAUGACUUAAAGCUGUGCCAUUCCGCAAAGCAAAGUGGUGAAUACUGGAUUGAUCCAAACCAGGGAUCUAUUGAAGAUGCUAUUAAAGUGUUCUGCAACAUGGAAACAGGAGAAACGUGUAUUUCAGCAAACCCUUCCAGUAUCCCACGUAAAACCUGGUGGGCAAGCAAGUCUCCUGACAAUAAGCCUGUUUGGUAUGGUCUUGAUAUGAAUAGAGGAUCUCAGUUUAUUUAUGGAGAUCACCAGUCACCUAAUUCUGCCAUUACUCAAAUGACCUUCUUGCGUCUUUUAUCAAAAGAAGCCUCACAAAACAUUACUUACAUCUGUAAAAACAGUGUGGGAUACAUGGAUGAACAAGCUAAGACUCUCAAGAAAGCUGUUGUUCUUAAAGGAUCAAAUGACUUGGAAAUCAAGGCAGAGGGAAAUGUUAGAUUCAGAUAUAUAGUUCUUGAAGACACAUGUUCUAAACGAAACGGAAAUGUAGGCAAAACCAUCUUUGAGUAUAGAACACAGAAUGUGGCACGUUUACCCAUCAUAGAUCUUGCCCCUGUGGAUAUUGGCAGCCCAGACCAGGAAUUUGGCGUUGAAAUUGGACCAGUAUGUUUUGUGUAAUGUCAGCUGAGAUACAUCAUGAUGAGCACCACCCCACCACCUAUGACGUCACCAUUCACAAGAACUUUGACUGUUUGAAGCUGAUCCUGAGACUCUUGAAGUAAUGGCUGAUCCUAUCAGUCUUGUACAUAUGGUCUUAAGUGCCUGGCUUCCUAAUCCUUCAGAAUAUUUAUUUUACGUACAGUCCUCAAGUUUCAAUUGAUUUAAAAUAUUUUUCAAUACAGCAGUCCAGGUUUAAGAUGACCAGUGACAAUGACCACCACCUACGAAAAAGUAAACUAAUUGAAUAAAAAAAAAUCACCAUUUUCUUCAAUUUUUUUAAAUCUAAUAACAACAUUGCUUAGUAUUUAUGAAAAAUAUUCUUCCUGGCAGGUAGCUUAAAGAGUGGGGUAUGUAAAAGCCACAGCACAAAACACAUGUUUUCUUUUGCUUAACUGAAGUUUGCAAAAAAAAUAAAUAGAGUAGUAUCCUUUUAUGAUCUCAUUUUCAAAGAAAAAAAAAGCAAAAUUAAAAUAUUUAUAUUUGUGUUUGAAAUCCACAUAUAUGAGUUGAUAUAUCCAAAAAUAACUUUAGAAUAUCUUGAAAAAAGAAUCAAUUUACUACAAUACUAAAUAAAUUUUUUAAAUAAUAUGUAUCCAAUGGGAUUCUGGUAUACAAAUUGAAAUGACUUCAACGUUCUAAAAUUUUUUAAAGUGAGGUAAGUUUAGACUUCCUUCUCAUAAAAAUUUUAAAAAUUUACAUUUCUUCUUAGACUCUCUCGAUUGUUAGAAUUUGCAUGAACAGACAUUUGUACUUCCUUGUUUAAGAAGACAUUGAAUACAGACUAAUUUAAACAUAUAACUUCUUUAACAUAUGUCCAAGAUUAAGUUGAGUAUGUUUCACAUGUAUAAUCUCAUCAUCCAGUACUCUAAAAUGAAGAAAAAGAUGAAAACACUCAGAGUUGUGGAGCUAAUGAAAUGUGAUGAAUGAAAUUAAAUCAUUUGGCCUUUGAGCUGUCAUAGGAAAAAUGACCCAACAUUUCUUAGUAUGAGCUACCUCAUCUCUCGAAGCUGGGAUGGACUUACUAUUUUUGUUUAUAGUUUAGAUACUAAAAGGUGCUAUUGCUUCUGUUAUUCUAAGACUGGAGAUAAGCAGGGCUAAAAUGUAUUAUUAUUUUUCCUUAAAUGAUGGUGCUAAAAUUUCUUUUAUAAAAUUCUUUGGAAAUAAAGAUGGUUUCAUCAAUACCACUUGUGAAAACAUAACUGUUAGACUCCCCAUUUCUGAAAAAAAGAGCUUUGUUCCAGUGCCUUUUCACUCUUCUUCUGUCUGACUGUAUCUGGGUUCUUUUGUAAUUCUUGCAUGUAUUUGCAUGUUUUUUUUUUCUCAAAACAUGUAGGUCUCUUUGUAUCUCCAAGGAUUUCUCAUCACCACCACCCCAAUUGCCUUUGUUGGCUCCAUUUUGAUUUUCUUUUAGACUUUGAAUAAGCAGCUGGGACCAUCCCAAAGGACAAGUCAUGCUCACAACUUUAGUCAUGUAUCUCUGCAAAGAAUCUAAUUAAAAGCACGCUUUUUGUCAUGUCA